GUAAUGGACCCCCGUUACAGUGCCCAAGACAUCCUUCUCUGUGACCUGUGUCAAAAAGCUGCAUUACAGAGUCAUUGUGAAUGUUGCAAUGUAAACCUUUGUGUAGUUUGUGUUGGAAAACAUCUCUCUAAUUCAUCUCACAGACAUAAUGUUGUACCAUACAAACACAGAACUUCUACACCUAAUUAUCCAAAGUGUCCAAACCACAACCACAAACAUUGUGAACUUUACUGUGAGAAAUGUGACAUUCCUGUCUGUUCUGCGUGCAUUUCUUCUGGGAAACAUAAAGGGCACGAUUUUUCUGAUGCUCUACAAAAACUUAGUUCCAAAACAAAAGCUUUAGAAAAUGCCUUGGAAGAACUAGAGAGAAAAAUAUAUCCUACAUAUGAAGAGAUUAAAUUAGAUGUAGACUCUGAAAUAGUACACUUGGAAAAACAUUAUGAGAAACUGACGACAGCUGUCACCAAACAAGGAGAACACAUUCACAAAGAAAUUAACAUCAUUGUCGACAAACGGAAAACUGAAAUUAUUGAGAUGAAAUUCAAACACCUGGCUGCUCUUCAUAAACAUGAAAAUGAUAUUACGCACAACACUUCUGAUAUAAAACAGAGCAUAAUUGAGUUGAGGAAAAUACUGGACUCUAAUGAUGUCUCCCUAACCUUGGCAUACAAAUCCAGAAAUGCUGAAUUCAGAAGUUUACCUCCUAAAUUCAAUGUUUCAAUACCAAGUUUCUCUCCUCAUCAGAUAAACACAGAACAGUUCCAUCAAAUGUUUGGUUCUCUGUCAGCAUUAUUCAUUACAACAGAAGAACAUGGCUACACAAUGAAGACACCAGAAGCUGUAUCCUGUCCUCCAGUCAAACCACUGCUUGAUGAACCAAAGCUCAUCACAACCAUAGACACUUGGUAUAAAUACUUAUACAGUAUCGACUGUCUCAAUGAUGAAGAAAUCUGGACAUGUGGAGAUGAAAAAAUCAUGAAACUCUACAACCUCCAGGGUAAACUACUAAGGUCAGUCAAAACCAAAUCAGGGAAUGAACCAUGUGAUAUAGCAGUAACAAUGAGGGGAGAUUUAGUUUAUAGUGAUCGUGGUACAAGAACUAUAAACAUAGUGAAUAAUGACCAGAUACAGGAAGUGAUCAGACUACAGGGGUGGAAACCUUACUAUGUCUGUAGUACCUCCUCUGGUGACCUCCUGGUUAUCGUGGUCAGUGAUUAUUAUAAACAAUCAAAAGUUGUUCGUUACUCUGACUACACAGAGAAACAAACCAUUCAAUUUGAUAGUGAAGGUAAACCUCUGUAUUCAUCCGCAUACCAUAUCAGUGAAAACAGGAACCUUGAUAUAUGUGUUGCUGACUAUGGAGCCAAAGCAGUGCUUGUGGUAAAUCAGGCAGGAAAACAUCGAUUUAAAUACACUGGUCCUCCCUCUUCUACCAAAGGAUUUUUCCAUCCGCGUGGCAUCACAACAGACAGCCAGAGUCAGAUCCUGACUGCAGACUGUAACAACCACUGUAUCCACAUCCUAGAUCAGGAUGGACAGUUCCUCCGUUACAUUGAUAACUGUGAUUUACAGCGUCCGUGGGGUUUGUGUGUAGACACCAGAGACAACCUCUUUGUUGUCAAGUGUUUCAGUGGAAAAUUGAAGAAAAUUAAAUACAUGUAA